CUUCCCGCGGUGUUUCCGGUGCCCGGGGGAGCUGGGCUCUGCAGCCUGGAGUUGACACGUCUCACUGCUGAGACUCUUCCCGCCACAGACCUUGUGUUCCUGCUUCAUCUGAAGCGCCUUCUUCAUUUUGGGAUGUUGCAUCUCUGUUCUAAACAACAGCAGACAUCUAAUGCAAUGCAGCCAUAACAAUAGCUCACUACAAAGUGACUCGACUAGUAUUUAAUAACGAUCAUAGUGAUCAAGUAUCAGUUCCAUAAGUGAUUCUUCUAUGAACAUGGGAAAUGUCAAGCACUACCUCAUCAGUGUCUUCGCUCGCCUGUUAGAUGAGCUGGGAUUCCAUGGCCUUUAUUAGUGGGGAAAUGCUCCGCACCACAGCCAUCGACAACAAAGUCAUUAAAGAUUCACAACAAACAUCAAAGACGUCCCACAAAGCGCUAGUUUCACAUCAGUUGACUGAGAAGCUCAAAGCAAAUGUUGACAAAGUUGACGUCAGCUCUGGUUCACUUUGCGCCGGAGACGAUCCUGGACCACAGCGUUCCCACGCAGCCACUGAAUCCUAAUGUGGCUGGCUCUGCUGGGCAGGAGGGAAGGGUCCACGGAGGCCCUCCUCGACGGCUCCCCGCUCGACCGCAGCAGGCCGCGUGAAGCUCGUCCCCGCUGAGAAGAGGACGUAUGGUCGAAGACCGGCCAGUGGACCCCUGUCGUGCAGGUUUUUCUUGAAUCCUCUCGUGUCCAUCGCUCGCAUGUCGACGGCUGAGGAGGAUGAGAAUGACUCCCGAGACAUUCCAAAGCCAGAGCAUCUGAUGUUGCAUUGGCUGCAGUGAAAAACGUUUGCAAUGCAACAAUUGCAACACAGACAUGUUUUAAUGAUGUUGCUUCUCAGGAAUAAAACUUUCCUCAGUUUGACUUGAGCCACGUUGUCAUAAACAUAUAGUGAAAUGCUGAAACAAUGCAAGCAGCACCACCUGUGUGUGAGUGGACUGCUUUGUUAAUGACUGGCCUGAAAGAUACAUGGAGACCAGGUUUUUCCAGUCACCUUUGAACAGGAGCUCCCAGAAGUGAAGAAUGCAGGCUGGGCUUUGUGCGUUUGAGCGGAGGCAGGUUGACUGGGAAACCAGUGCACAUAUUUUCUAGGGUUCAUGAUCAAAGAUUAGAAACUCGUGCUCAACACUAAAACCCUUUAAUCAGGGGGCUCAACACUCCAGAAGAGAAAAAAAACAAACCCUGCUGAAUUCACCUCCACUGAGCUCUGGGAUGAAAUGUGUUCUGAUCCAGAGCCUCUUUCCCACAGGAGUGUGUCAGAGCACCCCCCCCACGUCCUUAUCCAGGAAGGUCAAUCUUAAGGAGGGUUUGAAGCAUCGCGCCAUUGCUGCCACCCAGACGAGGAAAACUCCGUUUUAAACUCGCUCUGACGAUGAACCUGUGGCCACACACACGUUAAUUUAUAACUUUAGGCAAUUACUGACAGAUCAAGUGACGAGUGGAGUCGUCUGCUCACCAGUGGAGCCGAGUGUGAGCCAGGAAUCAUGAAUAGAUGGAUGGAUGGAUAGAUAGAUAGAUGGAUAGAUGGAUAGAUGGAUAGAUGGGUGGAUGGAUAGAUGGAUGGAUGGAUAGAUAGAUAGAUGGAUAGAUGGAUAGAUGAUAGAUAGAUGAUGGAUAGAUGGAUAGAUGGAUGGAUGGAUGGAUGGAUAGAUAGAUGGAUAGAUGGGUGGAUGGAUGGAUGGAUAGAUAGAUAGAUAGAUAGAUAGAUAGAUAGAUAGAUAGAUAGAUAGAUAGAUAGAAGAUGGAUAGAUGGAUAGAUGGAUAGAUGGAUAGAUGGGUGGAUGGAUAGAUGGAUGGAUGGAUAGAUAGAUAGAUGGAUAGAUGGAUAGAUAGAUGAUGGAUAGAUGGAUAGAUGGAUGGAUGGAUGGAUGGAUAGAUAGAUGGAUAGAUGGGUGGAUGGAUGGAUGGAUAGAUAGAUAGAUAGAUAGAUAGAUAGAUAGAUAGAUAGAUAGAAGAUGGAUAGAUGGAUAGAUGGAUGGAUGGAUAGAUCGCAUUUGAGAAAUACCCUCAGUUUUGUCCGCAGGGGACCUGGACGUGAUGGGGACCUGGACGUGAUGACGUAGGCGCCUACGCUCCGCGAGUGUUUGGCGCGUGGUUGUCAGGGAGAUCGUCACCAAGGAAACCCGGCUCAACAAAGUGUCUUCCCUCACAAGUGAAUGAAUGAACCGCAGAGGUAAGUUGUUGUCGCGCAGAACAACUCGGCGUUGAUAACUCCACUGUUGCUAGUUCGCUUAGCACCUGGCGGUAAAUAAAGUGCAGCAUGUUGUUGACACGUCGACCCUAGAAACCAACAGUUUGCUCCUCCACUCACGUCAGAACCUCGACACACACCAAACGGGUGUCACUGAAAGCUAGUAGAGUGCCGCUAAACUUCAACAAAGCAUUCCCGUCUGGAGCUGCAAGACUCCAUUCCCCUGACGGACCAGACCGAACCAGCCUCCAGGCCAGUGGAGGGGGUCGCCCAAAGGCAUCCAGACCAGCGUGCUGGGGGUCCAGAGAGGAUGAGUUCGUCUGUCAGAACUUUAACCAUGAAGCCGAAGAGCAAAGCCUCUCUGCCCUGCCACCUGGAGCUCCGCCACAAGGAGAGCAAGCCCAGAAGGGUGACCCCGUCUUUCUACGCCCAGGAGAUGAUGCAGUCCACAGAGGAGCGCUUGGCUAACAUCAACGUCAUCCACCCGCCCCGGAUCCUGGAGCUGUUUGAGACGUGCUUGGUCACACAUGCCAAAUCCUUCGUGGCUCCAGACCAGGCUUGUUUCCUGCCCUACCCGUCUGAGAUCAUCUUCCAAAACUACUGUCCUUCGCAGACCUACGAGUUCCCACUGCUGCUGUUCAACAACGACAAGGUUUCCCGGCACGUGAAGCUGCAGCAUCACGAUUCUGAACAGUUCGUCGUCGUGAGUCCAGAGGACGCCCGGAUCAAAGUGGCGCCCGGAUUGUCCGUCACUUUCACCGUCUUCUUCACUCCCAGAGAGAACAAGGACUACCACGACCAGCUGAUCUUCACCACUGAGAGGGAGAAGUUCGAGGUCCCCAUCCGGGCCAUUGGACCGAGAGCCAUACUUGAUUUUCGUGACGAGUUACAUUUGCCCGUGUGCCCGGUCAAAGCCACCACUCAGAGGACUCACCUGGUCCGGAAUAUCGGGAACAGCAGAGCCAUGUUCAAAUUAAAGACGGAGAGGCCUUUCUCUGUGUCGCCCACCUCCGGCACGCUGGACGUUGGCGAAAGCAUGCAGGUGUCUGUUGACUUUACCCCCAUGAACCCGGGAGACCAUCGGCACGACAUGGUGCUGCACUAUCACACUGGUGAGGACGUGUUCAUCAGUCUGUACGGCACUUGUGAGGAGCUCAACAUCCAUCUGCAGCCGGACUCGGCUCUCCUGGAAAAGACCUACAUUUCGCUGUGCACCACAUACAAAGUGUCACUCCACAACAGCAGCAACAUCCCUCUGCGCUACCAAUGGACCACGUGGGCCAGUCAGCAAGAAGAGGACCUGGCUAGGGACCUUGUGUUGCUCAGCGAGGCCAAGAGCGAACAGCUUCUUCAGUCCCUGCCCAUGACUGUCCCGGGCCUCCCGCUUUCCAGCGCCACCAUCGAAAGCCGAAGUCACCACGUGAACGAUCAUCUGCUCGCCCUGUCACACAGGUGUAUCUGCAUGGAGCCAGCGGAGGGCGACAUCUGGCCCAACACCACGGCCGUCUUCAACAUCGUCUUCAAACCAGAUGAGGCCAAACUCUACCAGCGGACCAUCUACUGCGACAUCACAGGCAAGGAGUCCCGUAUCCCUCUGACGAUCAAAGGUCAAGGCCUUGGACCCAGACUGGAGCUCAACUAUCACUUCAUGGACAUGAAGACGGUUUUCCAAAACGACAAUGACUCGUAUGAGGUGAUGCUGUCCAACAAGGGCCUGAUUGACGCGGCUUUCCGAAUGUUGAGCCCCAACACCACGUUCGGACGCUGCUUCUCCUUCAGCCCCGAGGAAGGUGUGGUCAUCCCGGGGGCCUGCCAGAUUGUGCAAGUCACCUUCCGCAGCAGCGUCUUGGGAUCGUUCUCGGAGGAUUUGCUGCUCACUGUCAAAGGACAGCCUGAGCAGCGCACCUUGACUUUCAGGGGUUGUGUCAUCGGCCCGACCUUUCACUUCAACGUGUCUGCGCUCAAUUUUGGAGACGUGGCUUUCGGUUUCCCACAGACGGCCAUCUGCACCCUCUUCAACACGUCCUUCGUGCCUAUGACCUUUGCCCUGAGGGUCCUGGGAGACGGGAUGGGGUCUCCCAGCAUCAACAGUGCCAAGCAGCUGUCAGAUCUGUGUCGAAACAACUGGCAAGGCAACUCAUCCCGGGAUUGUUACGCGAAUCCCGUGGAGUUCACCGUCAGUCCUGCAGGUGGCACCAUUCGCGCCAUGUCGGACAUCCCCAUCAAGGUGACGCUCUGCUCCAACACUGUGAAGAAGUACCGCCUGGCUCUGGCGGUGGACGUGGACGGUGUCGGCGAGGAAGUCAUGGCUCUGCCCAUCAAUGCCAGGUGUGUCGUUCCUGAGAUCAUGGUGGAGCCUCCAGUCUUGGACAUGCAGAGGUGUUUCCUCAAUCACCCGUACAAGAAACAAGUGCGGCUGAUCAACAGCAGCCCUCUGCCUGCCUGCUACGGUGUUCUGGACCAGGAUUAUGAAGCGGACCCGUCACUGAUCGUCGGGAGUUCCCGGCCCAGAGGUCUGAUCGGCCCUCACAGUUUUGAAGAUCUUCCGGUGCUCAUGCUGGUCAAGGCUGUGGGAAGGCUGGAGCACACGUUACACAUCGCCAUCUUCGGCAGCCUUCGGCCUCCGCUGGAGGUCAAGUUCAUUUGCAUCGGCCAGGGUCCUCUGCUUCACAUUCAGAGCCGACAACUGGACUUCGGCAAGAUCCCCGUCCUGACGGACGUCACCAGGACUCUUCAGCUCUUCAACCAGUCUCCCAUUCCUGCCCGCUUCACCGUCGAGCUGACCCACGGAUCCAAGUCCAUGUGGCGAGUGGAGCCAUCCAGGGGGGAAGUUUCCCCCGAGGGACAUCUGGAGCUGCAGGUGGUGGCGCACCUCAAGGACACAGUUCCUUUCCAGGACCGGCUGGAGCUGUCCAUCCACGACAGCCAGACGCACAUGGUUCUGCUGUCCGCCGCUGGGACCGGCACGACCAUCAUCAGCGACCGGCCUUUCUGUCCCAGCUUGGAUCUGGGCACACACUUCAGUCACGGGCCGUGCCAGUACCACUUCACACUCACCAACUUCGGUCAGCGAGCUCACCUGAUGUACUGGAAAGCUGACCUCCAGCCGCAGGCCACUCGCUCCCAGGACUGCAGCUCCUCCAGUGGCCGCAGCUUCCUGUCGUCCUUGUCCUCCAGGGGCAAAAAGAAGGAGCUCAGCGGGUCCAUGUUCACCAACACUGCUGACAAACCCGUGUUCAGCAUCAGCCCCAGUCGCCUGGAGCUUUUCCCAGGAUGCUCCAUUGAGAUGGUUCUGAGUGGCUCGUCUGGGGUUCCGAAGGUGGUGCAGGAGCGUCUCUACUGCCAAGGCAUCGUGGGCCACCAGGGGAACAUCGAGAACAUCAUGACUGUGGAUGUGAGGUGCCGCUUUGUGGCUCCGGUGCUCAGCAUCUCGGCCACGCUGCUGAAGUUCUACACAGAGAAGGUCCCAGGGAAAGACCUUGUGCCACUCUAUGAAAUUCUCCUCCUGCAGAACGUCUCGUCUCUCCCUCUGUCCAUGGAGCUGUCCCUCGCUGCUCCCUUCUCCCUCUGCGAAUCCUCUGGUGCCAUCAGUUCCACUACAACCAAGUCUAUGGUUUUAGAUAUCGGGAAGCAGGCGGAGGUGUGGGUCUGCUUUGAUCCGUCCUUCUGUCAGAAUCGGAUCUCACAAAUUGUGGACAAGUGCCUUAACGUACGAUAUGAAGGACACCCCAAACAAGACACAGUGGACCUUCACGGAGAGGUCCACUACCCCAACCUGCACGUGUCGUGCACCAGCGUGGACUUUGGCUGCGUGCUCAACUGCACGGAGAAUCACAGAGAAGUCACCAUCACUAACUGUUCUCCUCUUCCUGUCCUGUACCACUGGGCCUUUCUGGUCAAGACACGCUCGCCCCCCAGGCUCACAGAGGAGCAGCCAGUCAGCGACCCCAGUGCCACCCAGACCUCCAUGUGUUUGGAAGAGGUGUUCGAUGUGGUGCCCAUCCAUGGCCACCUUCAGCCCGGGGCCCAGCAGCUGGUGACCUUCUCCUUCUACGGCCGCGACAACAUCAGCAGAGAGGUGGUCGCCCAGUGUCGGGUGGAGGAGGGGCCCAACUAUGAGGUCGAGCUGAAGGGGGAGGCGUCGGAAAUCAGCUACAGUCUGGACCAGACUCUCAUCGACUUCGGGUUACAGAGGUUUGAUGAUGCAGCCGAGGCCUUGCUGACCCUGACCAACACCGGCAAGGUGGGCUUCGACUUUCACUUCGAACGACCUGAAACGGACGCGGUGGACGAGCUGCUGCUGCCCAACACUCCUGAAAUGACUGACUCCAGUCUGGAGCUCAUCCCUGGUCGGCCCCUGGUCCUCCCAUCGGUGGGCCGCGUCUAUCCCGGGAAACAGCAGUGCCUGCGGAUCGUCUUCCUCCCUGGCGUUCCUGACACGUUUGAGAAGAGGCUGCACCUGGUGGUGGGUCACCUCCCGCCACAGGACGUCACGGUGACCGGGGAAGGCGUGUUCGCCAGGAUCAGUCUGAAUUUACCACGCACCUUCCCCGAGACAAUGGACCAAGUGCUGCAGCAGGCGCGCGCUGCCGUGGAAGCCGACAGAGUCCAGCUGGAGCAGGACGGAACGGGCAAACAUGGAGCAGCCACUUGGACCAGUGGCGUCUUCACAUACGAGGAACUGCUCCACCUGGAGGUGGAGCGCUUGCUGAUCAAAGAAAACGCCGUCGCGGUGACCAAGAGUCUGCUGGCUCAGACCCAUGCUCAAGGCUCCGUCAGGAAGUGGAACAAGCUGAGCAGGUGUCUGCUGCCUGAGUAUGCUCUGGAGUUCGGCUACGUCAUCCCGGGCCAGGUGGUCAGCAACACGCUCAACAUCACCAACCCGGGGCCGGUGGCCGUGUCCUUCCAGGUCAGCGGCAAACCGCUCGUCGGCACAGGUUUCAGCGUGGAGUUUGAUCGAGUCAAGAACCUUCCCUGCGGCGAGAUUCAGACGUUAACCAUCAGGUUCGAUCCUCAAGGGUCCAACCUCCCGCGAGGAGAGGUCAGCGUGCUGCUGCCCAUCCAGACUUCAGGUGGUCCGGUGGUGCAGGUGAGGCUGGUCGCCGUGGUGACGGUGCCAACUGUCACAUCCUCCACACAGACUAUGCUGUUUGACACGGUGCAGUGUGGCAUGUGUGAGAUCCGGACGGUCCAGCUCAUCAACGACGAGCCGGUGCCCUGCAGCUGGACUUUAGCCGAAGUGGUGAAGCCCACCAAAAAGGUGGGGAAGUUCCUGCCCCUUCACCUGCACAAGAAGUACUACCAGGAGAACCGCCCCCCUCCGGUGGUGUUUGAAGCUACUCCCAGCAGCGGGCUGCUUUCCUCUGGGGAGAGGCUCAACGUGCAGAUCAAGUUCAGCCCCAAUGACGAGGGGGAGUUUGAGCGACAACUGGUGGGCCACAUGGUGGACAACCCCCAGCCGUUCUUCAUCUCCGUGAAGGGACGGGCUGAGAUGCCCCAGCUAGAGUUCUGCCCGGCGGAGCUGAAGCUCUGGCCCAGCCUGCCGCUCAGCAUGGACGUGGAGGCCGAGGUCAAGGUCAAGAACCCGUGCUCUUUCCCCAUCGAGUUCUACUCCCUGGACUUUGACACCCAGUUUCUGGAGGAGGAGAAGAUCCUGCGUAUGAUGAAGGGCUAUGACGAGCACAACAAGCUGCUGCUGCCUCCCAGGGUCCCGGGCAAAAGUCUCCCUCCAGAACUGCUGGAUUUCUACAACGACCACUGCUCCAGACUCCAUGACGCCGCAGAGGCAGGCGAAGGCUGUGAGGGUGUGGAAGCUCCCAGAGGGGAGCCGCUGCAGGACGACAGGCCGCGGUGGCGAAGUGACGCGUCGCCUUCAGGGGGAAUCCACAGAACUUCAGAGCAGACUGAAAUCUUUUUCUCUGAGGUGAUUCAUGAAGGCAGCAGUGACCGACUGGGUCAGCUGGAGAUGACGCCUGUCUCCAGAGCCAUCGCCCGCCACAUGGGAAUUGACCUGUCGCCCGAGGGCCUCGCCGCACGCAACCGCAGAGGCGUUUCCAUCAUUGUGCACGGAGCGCCGCAGACAGACAAGGACAGCAUGGCGGCUGCUUUGGCUCAGUACUACGGAGCUGCCUGCUUGACUCUGGACGCUGUGGUGAAAGAUGCCUUGCUGAACGGAACCUCGCCAGUCAGCCUGAUGGCCCGACAGCAUUGUGAGAAAGCGUCGGCCAAGUACUUCCAAAAGAAAGGGAUCACUUCAGUUCAGUCCAGUCGCACCGCGCUCACUGAUGCGCCUCCAAAUGCUGCACAUCCUGUUCCUCAUACAGCCCCCCACCCGGCCCCAGCCCCGGCUCCGCAUCCUGCUCCCCAUACGGCUCCACACCCAGCACCUCAACCAACUCCACAUCCGACACCUGCGCCACAUCCAGACUCAGAGCCCCAGUCAGACUCGCAUGCCGAGCCGUCUGCAGCUCCGUCUGCCUCCCUCCCGGACACCGCUCCCAAGUCCAAACCCGUGAAGCACAUCAGAAGCGACUCAAAAGCUCUCCUGGAGUCUGAGAGCAGAGCCAUGGCAGCUUGUCUGAAAGUUGACGUCUCAUCCCUCAUCAGUCUGUUUCCUGAGCAGCUGCUGGUGGAUGUCCUCGCCGAGCGACUGCAGAUGAGCGACUGCCAUCGAGGCGUUGUGAUCAACGGACUGGAGUCGAUAUACGUGCAGCCAGUGACCAACACUCUGCAGAUCGUCCUCAAAGCGCUGAACAACAGAAAGCACAUCUAUUUGGUCAACAUGACCGACUGCUAUGCUGCCGUGAAGGGCAGAGAGAAGGCCAAGGUCAAAGCUGAAGAGGCUGCUCAGAAGGCCAAGGCUGAGGAGGAGGAGCAGUGGCUGCACGAGAUGGACGAGGAGGAGUACGAGGCUCUCUCUGUGGAGGACAGAGAACGUGUCGACCAGCAGCGUAAAGAUCAGAAGCUCAGAGAGUUGGAGCGGAUCGCCCAGCAGCAGCAAGAGAAGAAGCUCCUGGAGGAGAUGAGGAAACGACAGCGGGAGGAGAUGAUGAAGAAGAAGAGCAAGAGGAGCGGGAAGAAGGAGAGCAAAGACCUGUCUCGAAUGAAAAACUCCCUGGAUCAGAAGCAGUCAGGAUCCCCCCUUCGUCAGACAUCGUCUGAGACCUCCAAAGAUUCACCCACGGACUCCAGGGGGCAGCAGGAGGAGGAAGGCGACGUGGACGACAAGGUACCGUCCCCGAAUCAGGGAGAGGAGAACCUGGAGGAGAAGCAGGCAGAGCCACAGGAAGUUGAGCCUGAGAAAGAAGUGCCUCGCCACGACGAGGUCCAAGCCAGGUUCAAGGUCUAUGAGCAGAGCCAGUCCCGAGUGGCCCACAUCCUCCAGUACUGGGACAGAGCUCUGGGCGUGUUGCUGGUGGCAGUCCCCACCGAUGAUGCGACACCGUUGCCCGACGGUCCAGAGAGCAAGCCUACCCCCGUGACUAAACGGCCCAAGAAGACCAGGGUCCACUCCCCCCUGCUGAGUCAGUCCGCGGCACACGUCAGUGUCCCUCACAUCGCGAUCAAAGUGAAGGGGAAAACCCAUCCCAGUGUGCCUGAGAUCCUGAAAGGACACAUGCUGCCAUCCCUGGACCAGGUGCUGGAUGACCUUGGCAUCGGACCCAAAGGCCCCCCCAUCCCACCCCCCGUCAAGUUUGCCAUCGUCCCAUACCCCGAACACCACGAGCGAGCCAUGACAGAUCAGGCUUGUGAGAACUUCCAGUUCCUCAGCCCAUCUGCAGCCGAAGGAGGCCCGACUGAAGAGAUGAGAGACAUGCUGGAGGAAGAGGAGCCUCUAUCGCUCGGUAAAACCAGCGCCAAGGGCAAUGUCAAAGAAGCCACAGCCACCAAAGAGAAAGAUAAGGGUGACCGGAACAGUCAGAAGAGCCGGAGACGGCCCUCGGCCAAGCAGAAGACCAAAGGAGCGGAGCAGUCCCCGUCCGACCCGAGCCAGCAGGACCAAUUCCAGGCCAGUCUGGAGGCGAAGCGGAGCCAAAGACUCCGAGUGUUCCGUUGGGUUGUUCCUGCCCACGGGGAAGUCCUCCUGAAGAUCUGGUUCUUCUCAGAGUUCACUGGGACCUUUCAGAGAGUCUUCAACUUCAAGCUUCUGGGGAUCCAGAGGAAGUACCAGCUGCUCUGCACCGGGCAGUCAACGUUUCCCUCCAUAUGCAAGAGCUACAAGACUCUAUUCCCCUACAGCAGACAUGUGCCGCGGAAGGAGCCGGGCCUGAAAAAGACGUAUGUGGUCAAGCCAGGGUUCUUUGAGUUUGGACCUUUGCUGUGCAGUAAGAACAGAGACCGGUACAAAGAAAACAAGCACCCGGACAACUCUGAGAGGCUGGUGAUACACAACAACUCGGGCAUGGAGGCGGAGGUCCGCUUCCGUUUCCAGGUGGACACGCAGGCCGCCACGUACAUCCUGGAGCCGGCCUGCAUGAUUCUGCAGCCGGAUCAGAAGCAGGAGCUGAAUAUUUGGGCUUACCCGACCAAAGUGGGCCAAAUCCAGGACUGCCUUCUGUGUUGCGUCAAGGACAACCCGGAGAUGGUCAGCGUGCCACUCUCCUGCUGGGGCGUCCGGCCGGAGCUGGAGCUGGAGGGCAAGCACCUGCAGUUUGACCGGAUUCUGCUCAACAGGUGGGACACCCGCAGUCUGAACGUGCACAACAGGACAGCUCUGCCGGCCUUCUGGAGGCUGCAGGGUUUAGAGGAGCUGGGCGACGGAUUCAGCGCGCCGCAGGAUCACGGCAUCGUGCCGCCAUUCUCCACUCAUGCCCUGACCCUGCGCUUCCGAGCCUGCAAGCUGCUGCAGGUCAAGAAGAUCAUACGGCUGGAGGUGUCGGACGUGGAAAACAUCUUCGGCAUCACACACACUGAGAACAUCCAUGUCACCGCUGAGGCCUACGACGUGGCGCUGGACGUCAUUCCAGAUGGUCACCUGGACUUCGGCACCAUCAAAGUGUUUGAGGCGGCGGAGCAGUGUCUGAAGCUCAAGAAUCAGGGCAAAUACGAGUUUGCCUACAGGUUUGUUCUGGUGUGCACCGACCCAAGCCAACCUGACCCCGAGACCAUCUUCACUGUGACCCCGAAAAGUGGAACCCUGGCGCCCCACAAAAAGCCCUCAGCGUUCGAGAUCGUGUGCAAGCCCGAGUCAGAGGUCACCUUCGUCCAGCAGCCCAUCUUACGCUGUCAGGUGAUCGAACCAAACUCUCCUCCUGAAUCUGAAGUCAUUGGGAGCCUGGACAUCAAGAUUUCAGUGCAGUCGGUCUUCUCCAGGUGCAUCAUCACCCCUGCAUCUGACAUCGGCUUCGGCCCAGUAAUCUACGGAAGCAAGAAGAGUCAGAGCUUCAUCAUCGAGAACAAAGGAUGUUUCGAGACGCGCUACAACAUGGCCUGGAACAGCGGGGACGUUGUGCAAUCGAAAUGCCCCAACAGACGGAGACAUCGGGAGGCCCAGGCAAGGAUGCCGGGCUUUGCCAACAAGGCACGAGCCGACUCCUCCGGGUACACGCAGCGGAUCUCAAUGGGCGUGUUCUCCGUGUUCCCGAGCUCUGGGUCGCUGCAGCCCGGCUCUCACCAGGUGGUGAUGGUGGAGUGUGUGGCCGAGCAGCUCGGCAAGUGCAGCCAAGAAAUGCUGAUCGACAUCAGUGACCGAGACCCCUCAGACCACCCAGAGGGCAUCCCCUACACGCUGCUGGCUGAGAUCUGCAAGCCAGGCAUUGUCAUGGACCUGGCCUCCAUCUUCGAGGAGCACAACCUGUGUCAGAACAGCAGCCAGCUGUCCUUCGAGCACAUCUGCAACGAGGAAGGGACCUACAUUGUGGACGAGAGCAAGUUCGUAUUCGCCAGAGUGCUGGUGGGGCGCAGCGGCCAGGCUCGCUUCAAGAUCACCAACGACACCAAGGUGCCCUGCACGCUGGGGCUGGCCAUCAACUACUUUGGCAUCAAGCUGUCCACCAACGUGGAGGUCUUCACCAUGCCCUUGGCGACGAUGACCGUGGCCAGUCAGUCGCACUCCUUCAUCGUCGUCACCUUCACUCCUCAGGCCAUGAACCAGUACAGCGCUGUGUUUGAGGCCUGCUUCCUGGAGGGCUCCACCAGACUGACGCCGAAGGUGCUGGAGUUUGAGCUGGUGGGUGAAGGCUGUCUGCCCAGCGUGUGUGUGGUUCGCCCGCUCCUGAAGAACAGCGAGGGAAACCCCAUGCUGCAGUUCCGACGCGUGCUGGCCCGACGGAGGCAAUCUCUGCCUGUGGUGCUGCUGAACGACGGGAACGUCAGGGCUCAGCUGACUGUUGACAUGCUGGAUCGGUUUGGAGUGUUCGCUCUCAGAGCCAUCAGUUCGGAGGCGAGCUGCACCUUCACCACCACACCGAUAGAGGGCGCCACUGAUUCAGAGCUCCAGCUGGUCCACAGAGCUGUGCUCAGUCUGGAGGUCAACCAGCAGGUGGAGCUGGAGGUCAGCGUCUGCUCUGAAAAGGUGCUGAUGUACUCCAGUAGGAUCUGUGUUCAGGUGGAGCACAACUACUACUGCAACACAGUGAUUGAGGUGGUGGGAGAGGUCUUCCAAGAGGUCCUCACCAUUGACAACCUGAGCAGGACUGCGAGCGAGGGAGAGGAGGAGGAGGACGCUGAAGGUCAGUACGAGGUGCUGAACUUUGGCGACUGUCACGUGGAGUGCUCCUACCAGGAAAGCUUCACCAUGACCAACCACAGCAGCAACCAGACGCUCAAGUUUGAGUGGCCAGCAGCGGGAGCCCAAAUCUCCUUCGCUCCCCAGGUGGGACACCUCCACGCCGGCUGCGCCAAGGAGGUGACCGUCACCUUCUGCUCCGCUCAGCCGGUCACUGUGACCAGUCAGUCCAUGAAGUGCAAGGUCUGUGAGGUGGAGUUUGAGCAACCUCUGGAGCAGGUGCCCGACUGGGACGACCAGCACAAGACGGUGCAGUGGCUGGAGGCGCCGGCUCAGCCCCCAGGUGCACAGCAGGUCAAGACCAAGGUGAUCGAAGUGGACCCAGAGCCCGUGUGCACCAUGGUGCCGGGGUCCAAGCUGGAGCUGGAGCUGCGCGUCAGUGCCGUCUGUGACUACGCCAAGUUCAAGUUCGGCACUGAGGCGGUGAACUUCAAGGACACCAUGCUGUACCAGAGCCGGAUUCACGAAAUGCAGAUGACCAACCAGGGCAGCGUGAGGCUGGACUUCUCCUGGCAGGUCCACAUGGGUUCCAGCAACAACCAAGGAGGUGGAGCGGCGACGCCUCGGCCGCCGAGCAGCGUGGGCCGACUGAUGGCGGGAGACCGACCGAGCAGCGCCCUGGCCAGCGUGAUGACUCUUCUGAUGGGGAACCCCGAGCUGCCCCCCUUCAGCGUGGAGCCCAGCGUUGGCUCCAUCCCGCCCGGAGCUCAGCAGACUUUCCUAGUCCGCUUCUCCCCUCUGGAGGUGACCCGCUUCCAGGGCAUGCUGCUCUGCAGCAUUCCCAACCUGCAGAGCGAGGAGGAGCCUCCGCUGGUGUCCAUCUCAGGACGCUGCCUGCUGCCUCACUGCCAUUUUGACAUGGAGGACUGUGGCUACCUGAGCCAGCACCGCCGCAACCCCGCCUUAAACAGUCACCUGGACCCCAACACCCGAGUCAUCGAGUUUGUCGCUGUGGGUUUCUCCACACCAAUAACCAGAUCUUUCAACGUGGUGAACCCCACCAGUCGACCUUUCACCUUCAAGUGGAAGGCAGCGGACGCGAGCGAGAGCCUCUUCUGCUGCCUCACGCCCAGCGGCACCGUCCUGCCAGGCAAGAAGCUGGAGAUGUCAUUUCAAUACCUGGCCAAGCAGCUGGAUGUGGUGGAGUCGUGCUGGAGCUUCACCAUCGAGGCCCUGUCGCUAUCCUUCCCCUUCCUCUGCGUGGGCAGCACCCGGGAGCCCGUGGUGUACCUGGAGAAACCCCACCUGGACUUCGGCGAGCGCGUCAUCGGCUGUAAAGUGGAGCGCACCAUUUGCCUGGUGAACGCAGAGGAGGAGCCGCUUUCCUUCUCAGUGAUGCCCUCAACCCUGGUGUCGGACAAGCUGCAGGACACCCUCCGUCUGGAGCCCAUGAGCGGGACGGUGGGGCCCAGAGAGAGGCUGCCUCUGCUGGUGACCUUCACGCCCAGUCAUGAAGGUCAUGUCAACUUCCGGCCGAUCAUCAAGGUGAAGAAGCGGUCGCAGCCCAUCGUGCUCCCGGUCAAAGCAGACUGCUUUCCCAUGAGCACGUGCGUCCAAGUGCAGAACCCUGAAGGGGACCUGAGAGAGAUCUGCCCGGACUCGCUGGACACGCUGGACUUUGGAAAGGUGGGGAUUUCGGAGCUGGCUGCCUUCGAGAUCUUGGUGUCCAACAUGGCACGCUGCAGCCUGGAGCUGAGCGUGGAGCUCCUGGGUCCGGAUGCUCAGCUGGACUUCCUGGAAGCAAAACCCACAUACCUCCAUGUCGAUGUCGGCAUGCAGAAGUCCUUCUCGCUCAUCUUCACUCCCCGGAGCAUCUGCAGCCUUCAGGACGUCACCCUUCACGUGAAGGUGCAGCACGGGCCCAAGUUCACCUUUCUGGUGAAGGGCCGGGGUGAAGAACCCAGCCUGGAGUUCUCCUUCACCAGGUUCAGCUUUGGCCGCUGCUUCUUGUUCCAGCCUGGCAUGACUCCUCCUUCCACCAUGCUGACCAUCUGCAACAGAGACAAGAAAGACAUCAGCAUCCAGUGCCAGUUCAGCAACACGCCCUUCCUGGUAGUGGGUUUCCAGCCCGCGGUCUUGUCCCCCGGAGCCGUGAUGGAAAUACCCUUCACCUUCUACCCACGCCAGGUCUGCCGCUACCACGAGACGCUCACCUUCAUCCUGCAUAGCUGCACCACCAGGCAGGUGGACAUCCUGGGUCAGGGCUUUGAGAUGAAGCUGGAGGUGGAGGAGCCAAAGCAGAAGAUGAUCAAACUCGGAGCAAUGAUCGGUCAGAGUGUGAAGAAGAAGGCUGUCCUCUGCAACCACAGUCUUCUGGACCUGCCUCUCAGCCUGGUCCUGGUCUCCAGCUCAAAAGUGAACCUCAAGGAUCUCUCCUGCAGUCCGAUGGGCGACGUGACCCUCAAGGCUCGAGGAGGAACGUGCAACAUCGAUGUCUCCUUCUCGCCCCGACAGCACGUCCCCACCUUCACGGCGGAGCUGCAGGCCGAGUACGCGGGACUCCGCCUCCCGCUGCUCUCCGUCCAGGGACGCAGUCAGGGUGUGGAGGUCCAGCUGGAUGUGAACCACCUGCCCUUCGGCGCGGUCGUCCAGCACUGCAAAAUCAAGAAGAAGGUUUCCUUGAUGAACAGUGGAGACAUCGGUGCCAAGUUCCAGUGGAAAACCGAUCUCUUCCCGCCAGAGCUGCGUAUUGAGCCGGUGAGAGGCUACAUCUCUCCGGGCAAAGAGGUCACCUUUGAAGUGACCUUCGCGCCAGUGAAGCUCUGCACCGACAUCAGGUUUGAGAAUCUGACCUGUGUGGUGGAAGGCUUCUCCUCGCUGCUGGCCUUCACUGUGACGGCGUCCUGCAUCGCAGCCACCACCAACAAAGAGGUGGUCAACUUCAUCUGCCCGGUGCGCGGGACUCACCACCAGCAGGUGCCAGUCACCAACCCCACCAACCAGCCCUGCACCAUCCGGCCCGUGCUGGAGGGGGGUCAGUGGAGGGCCCCGCCGGCCCUCAUGCUGGAGCCCAACCAGAGCAAGACCUACGAGGUCACCUACACACCUCUGACCAUGAGCCUGGACGGCAAGAGAGACCACGGCACGCUCUUCUUCUCCUUCCCCGACGGCACCGGCACCUUGUUCCUGCUGCUGGGACUCGCUGAAGCUCCCGAGCCUGAAAGCACCAUCACCAGGGAGCUUCCUGCCAAGACCCAGCACCACGAACUCCUGCCCGUCGUCAACUGGCUCACCAAGCCGCAGCGGUUUGUUGUGAAGAUGGAGGUCCUGAAGAUGGACAAGAACGACACGACCGUGUCCCUCAGAGGUCUGGACUACAUCGACGUCCCUGCUCUGGCCAAGAAGGACUACAAGGUCACCUUCCACGCCUACAGAGAGGGUCUCUACAACACCAAGGUCUCCUUCGUCAACCAGGAGUCCCGCGAGUACCUCUUCCACCUGGUGACCUUCAAGGCCACGGCCACGGGCAGCCUGGCCACAUUCGAGCUGGUGUCAUCCGUGCGUAAGAAGACCUCGGCCAGCGUGGAGCUGGAGAAUCCUCUGGGCUCGGCCAGCAGCCUCAGCGUGGAGUGCAAGUGCCACGAGGUCAACGCUCCGUCCCACUACACCGUCCCCGAGCGCAGCAAGGCCACCAUGACCUUCGAGUACCUGCCCGUGCGACCCGGCGAGUCCUCGACCCGGCUCACGCUCUACAGCUCGGAACUGGGCUACUUCCAUUAUGACCUGCUCCUGAAGGCUCUGCCGCCGCCGCCCGAGAGGACGGUCCACUUCAGCACCUCGCUGGGCGGCAGCCACACGCUGCAGAUCAAGUUCAUCAACUACUCCCGCUUCAAAACCGAGUACUCCUGCAAGACGGACUGUCCUGAGUUCAUCGUGGACCGCUGCGUGGGCGCGGCGGCCGGACACCUCACCGGCUCGCCGGUCAGCGUGGAGGUUUGCUUCGAGCCUUACCAGCAGGGAGAGGUCAGAGGUCAGCUCAGCCUCUCCUCUGGCACCGGAGGGGAGUACACCUUCCCGCUGCACGGGGUCUGCCGCGCCCCCAAGGCCCAGGGUCCCUACAACAUCCGCUCCGGACGCACCAUCAACAUCUCCUUCAAGAACGUCUUCCCCCAGACCACUGCCUUCUCCUACCAGGUGGACAACCCGCACUUCACCGUCAAAGGCAUUGAGACCAUCCUGUCCAAAAGAAGCCAGAGCAUCCUGGUCUCCUUCGAGGCCCCGGCGGGGGACACCUCGGGCCCCUGGUUCGGUAAAAUGACCAUAUCCAGCCAGCGCUCCGACGGCCAGAGGAAGCCCUGCACCUGGGUCUACUACCUGAAGGGCUUCCGCCCCGGCUCGCCGUAGACACGCGCACGUGCUUGGAGGCGCUUGGGUCCUCACGAGCUCAUUCACAGCUCGACCAGAGGGGGAAACCGCCGCCUGUGUUGGUGCUCUCCGUCCACACGGGGGCGCCCGAGUCACGUGGCAGCAGAAGUGGAGCUCGACGUUCGGUGUCAGAAUGAUGACGACACGCGGCGUGGCUGACGGACACGACAUCCUCUUCAGUUUUUAUUUAUGGAGCUUCAUCGAGAAACCGGAAGCGCGAGGGUUUCUGCUGACGUGGCUUUUAAUCAUGAGUUCGUUUCCAAGUGGCGUGUGUGUUUGUGAGGCCAGUUUUCAGUGGGGUUUUUUUUAACGAUCCAAGGAUGACAUUUGGAAAUGCCACGUGACUUGUUUAAAUAUUCCGGAGCCCGAAGUGUUUCUUUGUUUCACAUGAAAAUAUUGAUUUGAUUCGGUGUGUUUUUGCACAAUUUUAUCGUCUGGUGGCCAAACAGUCAUGUCCUUCUAGUUCCAUGGAGUAGUGAUUCAUCACUGCUGUGUUUGUUUCAGAUCACACACGUCUGUGUCUUCUCUUUUUUUACACUUUCAUGACAAAGUAAAAGCUUGUGUGCAGUUUUGUGUCCCUGGUGUUGGUGAGAUGAGCUCCGUGUUGGAACCUGGUUUGGUGGCGCUCAGAGCUCACGUUUGCCCUCCUGCGGCUUUGUUGGGAGCCGUCGUGUUUGCUGCUCCUUGUUGGCACCGUUUGGCAAACUAACGUGCUACGGUUUGGGGUGAGUGGCUGGGGACCGGG